AUGGAUUGUAUUUGUCUACAUUACGUACGUAAUCAAGAAAAAACUUCAUCAGUUAAUUCAUCAAAUUUGAAUCAAGAAUUGACGGCUGAAUUGAAAAUUUUGGAAAUUAUUGAUUAUUAUCGUCCUACGAUAAAGGAAAAACAAACAAACAAUCAUCACAGAAAAAUUUUUUUAUAUCCUUGGAAAAAAGAUAAAUUAAUUCAUUGUGCUUCAAAUGCAAUUAAUACGAAAACAAUGCCAAAAGAUGAUGAUGGUCCUACUACUUUAAUAAAUCAAUUAGAAACACACGCUUCGUCUUCCAUUACAAAAAGUGAAGAAAACAAAUAUCCUAAGUAUCGAAAACUAACUAAUCGUCGAAAAUUAGAACGUUUACCACAACAUCAAAUGAGCGACAAUAUAGUACCAUCUCGAGCAAUGAAAAAUCAAACAAACAAUAAUUUUUUGAAAUUUGCUCCAUCAGACGAACAGUCAUCUUCGUUUAUUAAUAAUAAUAAUAGUGAUAUAAAUAGUGUAAAUAGUUUUACGACUACUAGCUUUAGUACUAAUAGUUCUGGCAGCAUUUCCGUGGAUUCUGUUGUUAAAAAUCCUCUAGAAAAAUUUACUAUGUCAACGUUUCGUAUACCUAAAAAGCCAAGGUAG